AUGUCGAUUCAAAAUAUUAUCCAACUUCCUGUUGUUGAUCUUUCUCCUUUGGUUCCUUUGGUGAAUAAUGCACCUUCCGUUACCAAUCCUGUUUCGAAAAUUGCUUCUGAACUACAGAAUGCCUGCAUAAGCUAUGGAGCUUUUUAUGUUACAUGUUCUUCUUUCAGCCGUGACGCUGAGUUGAAAAUUUUAGAUAAUGCGCGUCGAUUUUUCAAUUUGCCUGAAACUGUCAAGUCUAAUAUACCCAUAAGAUCUGGUGGGUUUACACGAGGCUACAUUGCUAUGGGCGUUGAAUCAGGCUCCCAUCGAAUUGAGUUCAAGGAAGCUUUCUCUUAUGGAUAUGAAUGGAAUCCUUCGGAUAAACCUAAUAACUCAUUACAAGGUCCAAAUGAAUGGGAUAAUCUUGAUGAAAUUUUAGGACUGGAAUGGCGAAACGGCUUGAACGAAUUUUAUUCACAGAUGGUAUUUUUGGCUGAAUUAUUGGUGAAAGGUUUAGAGAUAGCGCUCCAACUUGAGCUUCAAAGUUACUGCGCUGGAGGGGAAACUAUUUCGCUUAUGAGAUUAUUUCAUUAUUUUCCGUAUUCUAAUGAGCAAAAUGACGUUGAAGCCAUUGGAAGUUCACCGCAUACCGAUUGGGGAUUUUUGACUCUUUUACUUCAACCAGAUAAUGUGCAAGGACUUCAAAUAUUUUAUGAUAACGAAUGGAGAGACAUAGCGAGUAAACCCGGACAUAUCGUAGUGAACUGUGGCGAUUAUCUUUCUCUGAUAACUAAAGGAGCUUUUAUUUCCCCUUUACAUCGAGUAAUAAGUGAUGGUGCGAAUGAGAGAUAUUCAAUGGUCUUUUUUUAUUAUCCAAAAUAUGAUGCGCAUAUUCCGAUCAUUAAUGUGAAUGAUCCAAAGAUACAUAAUCUGAGCAUAUUUAAAGAUCAAAAAUAUGAUAACGAUAAUCAAAGAAAAGAGCAGGAACAAGAAAUCAAUUCUACUAUUGAUGAUGUUUGCUUUGGUGAAUACAUUGCGCGUAAAUGGGAUCAAGUAUAUCGGGGAUAG